CCCGACUUUCGCAGAGGUUUUUCACUUUCUCCCAUGGCAUACAUCAACCUGAAAUGAACAAUAAUGAUCAUCAUCAUCAUCGCGAAACCCUAACCCGAAACCCCAAAAUUCUCCAAAAUGAAACCCCUUUUCCCAAGACCCAAUUUUUUUACAAUCUCUCUCUUCACUAACACUGUUACUACUACAAAACCCUGCUUUCGAAUAGCCCAUUUCAGCACCAAUUUUCAGAACCAAGUACAAUCUUCGUACCCGUCUCGGCGGCACGAAGAGGAAAGCCGUAAUGUGAAGGUAUCAGUGUGGUGGGAUUUCGAGAACUGCUCUCCUCCAGCUGGUGUUAACGUUUUCAAGAUUGCACAGUGUGUUACUGCUGCUAUUAGGGCUAAUGGCAUAAAGGGUCCCAUUCAAAUUACUGCUUUUGGUGAUGUAAUGCAGCUUUCUAGGGUCAAUCAAGAAGCUCUUUCUUCUACUGGGAUUAAUCUUGCUCAUAUUCCUCAUGGUGGAAAGAACAGUGCUGACAGGUCCCUCCUUGUUGAUCUGAUGUAUUGGGUUUCUCAAAAUCCUCCACCGGCACACCUCUUCUUGAUUUCAGGUGACAGGGAUUUUGCUGGAAUAUUACACAGGCUGAGAAUGAGCAACUACAACAUUUUGCUAGCCAGUCCAGAAAGUGUUCCUAGUGUUCUUUGCAGUGCAGCUAGUAUCAUGUGGCAAUGGAACGCGUUAUUGAAGGGGGAAAACCUUAUAGGAAAGCAUUUUAAUCAGCCGCCAGAUGGUCCUUAUGGUUCUUGGUAUGGUCACUACAAGGCGGCUCUUGAAGACCCUUUUGCAGUUACAGAACAACCCGCAAAUCCUCGCUCGGAGCAAUUGUCCGAAGCUGUUGCAGAUUCUAAAUGUCGGCCCAUUCCGAGGUCAAUAGUGAGGCAUAUCCGCAAUAUUUUGAAUUCAUACCCCAAAGGAGUUUCUAUUACAGAACUUCGUGGAGAAUUAACGAAAAGCAAUUUGAGUAUAGACAAGGAUUUUUACGGUCAUAAGAAGUUCUCUCGUUUUCUUUUAGCCAUGCCAAAUAUUCUAAAGGUCCAGUUUGGAAGCGAUGGAAAAUAUCUUGUGCGGAGCGUCAACCCUAAAGUUCCUGAACAAAGUGACAAUUCAGGCAAAAGUGCAGAGCCUGAAACUAAUGGAGAGGCAGAAUUUAGUAGUACUCCUAUUUUGAAUGGCGAGACAGGCAGUUGUAUGGAGGGCAAGGGUGAGAAGUCACCUCAAUCCUCUGAACAGAAAGUGAAGACAUCUCCAAGAAAAUUCCCGGGACCGCAAAAAGUACAGGAGGUAUCAACAGAAGUUCAGCAGCCCCCACCUGAGAAUGUGGUCGCUAAAGCAAGUGAGGGUCAAUUGCAAACUGCAGAGCAUGAUUCUGCACCUGAAAUGGGCUUUCUAAAAAGGUUCUGGAAUAUGUGGUUUGGGAACAAGGAGUAUGCUCCUAGGGAUAAUAUCUCAAAUGAGUCAAAAAGUGCAGAAAGAGAUGUAGAAUUAAAAAGUCAUUCUGAGCAAUCAGAGGGUCCCCCUUCUUUUGCUCCUGAUAAUAACACCCGUAUAGAAGAUAAAGCCCCUAUGCAUCCAGAGGAUGCAACGGAGAAGCCUAGCCAAGAGUCAAGCCUUUUUAACCAGAUUAAGAACUGGUGUAGAUCUUGGAGAAGUUCCAAGCUCUCGGAUGAAUCAGGCUUAGAAUCCCAUAAAGAAUUCAAGCAGACAGAGGAAUUGUUCUCAAAGGAAUCCUUUUGGAGCGAAGUGGGAUCGUUCUUAGUUUCAAGCCAUGGUUCAGUGCUUGUCUUGCAAUCAAGAACUAGGGCCCAGAUGGCACAGAAUCUCCAACAAGAAGGUCCUUCAUCUCUGAAUUCUCUUAGUGAAGGUGAUGCUCUUCGGCUGGUGGACUUGUUAAUCUCAGAUAAGAAAUGGGUGGAGGAAUGUCUCUCCCGAACUUUCCCUUACAAACUCUAUCAGCCUGCUGUCAAAGCUUCAUUGAACAGUUAUUCUUCCACUUCCAAUGGGUUGAGUUCUAUGUUUAGGCAUACGAGGGAUACAUCUAACUUGCAAAGCUCAGAAAAACUUGAUGGCGAGAAAAGACACCAAAAUCCCCCUCACACGGGAGUUUCUCGGCCUGUUGGUCAGGGCACUUGUUUUGGUAAGUCCAGAAAUGAGGUGCUUAUGGACUGUCAGAAGCUGGUGGAUGACAUUGUAAAGCAAUAUCCGGAAGGAUACAACAUGGGAUCUUUCCGGUAUCUGUUUCUUGAAAGGUAUGGAUAUUCACUGGAUGUAAAUAAGCUUGGCUACACAAAGUUAGCUAAUCUCCUUCAGAUAAUGCCUGGGAUAAAAAUAGAGUCUACUUACAUUCUUCCCACAACUAAAGUCCCGAAAAGUCUAGGUCUAAAAACAGAUGAGCCAUCUGAUCAAGAAAGUGAUUUCAGUGGUACAGAAGGCAAUUUAGAUAGUGAAUCAUCGAGUUUGCCUGGGAAAGAUAAUGAGUUUGAUUCUACUUGGGAGGAACUGGGUCCAGUGUCUAAGGCAGGCCGUUCCAAGAAUGAAAUAAAACUGGGGUCUGAUGGAAAAGCCAAAGAUGGAUCAAGUGAACAAAUACAUGGAAACUAUGAAGCCCCAUUGGAUCUUGAUUUCUCUGAUUCAGAUGAAGAGAACUCAUGUUCCGCUAAAUCAGAAAAUGGGAAGUCGAAAGUGAAGGAGGAAGAUAGCUCAUUGUUACAGAUUCUUGAUUCAUGGUACGGUAGAACGGAUGGGUCAGCAAGUGUUGAUGGCGUGGUAGAAUCUUCAACCGAUGGUUCAAAAUCACAUACUUCAGUAUCAGCUUACAAAAUGGAAAAUUCUUCCUCUGGGAGGAGGCAGAAGAUACAUUCAUUUGUAACUGAGCAACCUGGGGAUACUAAGGAUAAGUUGAUUGAUGGUAUAUUGGGUAGCUUAAAGAAGUCAGGGGAGAGGUCGACUGAGUCGAGGGUGUAGUCUGAUGGUUGAGAAGAGCAUCCUGUCUGUGGCUUCUUUACAUCAACUUCUAGGAUAGGUGUUUAUCAAGUAGCACACGCAUUGUGCAACAUAUUGCUACUGAUCUAUGAUUAUAGUAGGCUAGUAUAUCGGAGAAUUUUAGUGGGGAGAAGUUACUAUUCUUUAUCUACUCCUAUGUACUAUGUUUAGUGGAUCUACAAAAGGUGAUAUUACUAUUGGAUUCACAUAUUUGAUUCUUAUGUUACCAACACAACACCUUUAAGGAGUUGUUUGGUUGGAGGAAUUGAAAAAAUAAUUUCAACAUAAAA